AUUUUAUAUGUUCGUAGUGUCAGCACUGCUACAUUAUAAUUUCAAAUAUUUACAUGGGAUUUUCUCAUAGUGAGUUUUUGAUUUAUCAAGUUGUCUUUCUGUUGGCCCAGGCCGAGGCCCUCGGCUGCCCUCGGCCAGCUAUCGAACUGUAUCGAACGCUCCCCUUAUGGUCAUCUCUAAAAUUUUGUUGAAGAUUUGAGUGGAAUUAGUUGUUGACAUUUAAGCCAUUUUCAGUGAAUAGAUGAACAAGUUCUGUGACGUUUUACAGUAAAAAUCCAAGGUCCAAAAUUUCAAGUACUCGACAAUUGUAAAGAAAAUAAACGUAUUUAAAAAAAACAUGGGUCUCUUCGGGAACUCUACUAGUUUUGACGCUGAUGUAGAAAAAGCUACGAAUGAAAUUAACACAUCAGAAGAUUGGGCGACAAUACUGGAAAUCUGUGACAAUGUGGGAAAUUCGAAACAGAAUGCCAAAGACUGCUUAAGAUCUAUUACCAAGCGUUUAAAUGCUGCUGAUCCUCAUAUAGUGAUGCAAGCAUUAACACUUUUAGAUGCUUGCAGUAGUAAUUGUGGAAAAAAUUUUCAUUUGGAAAUAGCUUCGAGAGAUUUCGAAGCAGAACUAAAAAAACUUUUAAGUCGAGCCCAACCUCAAAUUAUCGAAAAAACCAAAAUCCUGUUGAAAAAAUGGGCAGAAAAUGAUUUCAAAUCAGAUUCGCAAUUGAAUCUAAUUCCAAGUCUUUACAACAAAUUGAAACAAGAUGGAAUAAAUUUCUCUUUAGAUCCUGCAGCUCCUUCUCCUGCAGCUGUAUUUCGUGAAGAACAAGAUCUUGCUAAAGCUAUUCAAUUAUCUCUCAAUGAUAAUAAGCAACAUUCAAAUUACUCAAAAACCAUGAGUCUUUAUCCGAAUGUUAGCGUACACGUAGAUAGUAUCUCAAAUGUUCCUGAAGGUAGAAAAGUCCGUGCUUUGUAUGAUUUUGAAGCAGCCGAAGAUAAUGAGUUGAGUUUUGCCGCAGGAGAUAUCAUUUAUAUACUUGAUGAUUCUGAUGCCAAUUGGUGGAAAGGCCUAAAGGGAAAAUUAGAAGGGUUAUUUCCUUCAAAUUUCGUGACAGCAGAUCUUUCUGUAGAACUAAAUCACAUUGCAAAGCUAGAUGGCAAUAAAAAAUCAGUCCAAUUUGCAAAUGCCGUGGAAGUUAAAACGCUCAAACAAGAGUUGGAAAUAACCGAGGUUGAAAUUAACGAAGAAAAAAUUGAUCGUCUUUUGAAUCUUUUGCAUGAAGCUGAUCCACAAACCGACGUUACGGAUCCUUUCGAAUUACUUGAUCUCGAAGAACAAGUAAUGGCAAUGGGUCCGCUAAUUGAUGCAGCUUUAGAAAAGGUUGAUCGGCGACAUGCUCAAUUAACUCAAUUGAGCUCUGAUUUAGUAGACGCUGUUAACCUUUAUCGUACGCUUCAGAGAGAGCCUCCAUCGUCUAUUGCAACUUAUCAUUAUCAGAAAAUACCAGGGCCUAUGAUUCCUCCUAUAUCUCCAUACUUGAAUCAACCCUCAUCACACAUAUAUAAUAGAAUGUCAAGUCACCAUCAAAUUUUUCCAAAAACUUUUAUUCCAAAUGUAGGAUCCGGGAUGUCACAUACUGUUGAAUACGGUAAUUCGACUAUACCACCUCAACAUUACCAUGGGAUAACAGGAAUUCAUCAGCAAUUACCUUUUGGCCAUUCUACUGAGCUUCAAAGCCCUUAUAUUGAACCUCAUAACAUUCCCUCACAAACCUUACCAUCACCUCGAACAAAUGCUCACCACACCAUUGGCCAACCACAACAGCUGCUGACGCAGAGGAGUGAUCAGAUAAAUUUAUCUUAUCCAAAUACCGGGUAAAUCUUAACUUCGAUCGGUUUCUAGAGCAAAACUGUUAUUUAUCACUUGAAACUGUAAGUUAAUUUCUUCGCUAAAAUUUAAAUAUAAAUUCUUAUUCUUAUUCAAUAAAGCUCCAAUUAUGAAUUCACA